CAAAUUGUCGUUUCUAAAAAGUAUGGGAAAAAUCCUUCCGGUUCAUUCAUAGUUUUGGACGAUGCGGCUGGUGGAUUGUAAACAAAAAGCGACAAAACGAAAAUGACAAGCAUUGGCGUGAAUGGCUCGUCCUCGUCUACUGAUGGGCUCCCGAAACAGUUCGUGACGUCUUUGAGGAUUCUAUUCGAUAUAUUAGACGAAGAGCGAACAGGUUAUGUUCGUUUACGCGACAUUGAAAGCCGUUGGCAUGAGGAAGGAGUUUCAGGAUUACCUAGCGGAGUUAUUGACACUCUCAGGAAAGUGGCACCAAGAAAUGGGAGACUUACCUUCGAGAAUUUUGUAACUGGUUUAAAGUUAUCUCUGUUGAAGAACACUGGUGCAAAUUUUAAGCAAGAUACUAGUCAAAGGAGACGUGAAAUUCCUCAACAAAAUACCCACAAGCAAGGGCCAGGGGCAGGGAAUGUAAAUUUGCAAACAGACAAUUUAAGGCCUGCACAACCACCAGACUAUGAGAACAUUGUACCAACUGAAAGAAUGCGGGCCGAUAGAAUCUUGCCAAAUCAGAGUGUGUACAGCGGGCAUAGAACCCGUCCCAAAAUGGGCAGUCAGGUGAUAAGUUCAAAUACCUCUGGACCAAAUACAGCAACUGUUCGACCAAAUAAUGUUUUACAGUCACAGAACAUUGAGUUGAGGAAUCAGAUUUACACUCGAGACCAAACCCAGCAGGCUGCAGUGAAAACUCAUGUUAAACCAGAACAUUCACGGAUAUCUGAUGAUAGAAAUCAGAAUGUGAGACCAUCCUCAUUCCAUCCAAGACAUAGUACAGAUGGAAACCAGGUUAGAAAGGAACACACUAAAAUACCAUAUAGACCUAAAAGUGCUCUUGCAGAGUUACAAAGACCAAAGGAAGUUAAUUUUAGCGAUGUGCCUGUAUCUAGACCAGAUCGCCCACCUCCAUACCGUAGACCUCAGGAAAGAGAAUCUGAUGCUGCUCCAGUCCUGCCUCCUAAAGAUAUGAAUGGACGUAUAAUGAAUGAGCUGAAAAACUGGCAAAAGGAUCAGCAGAUAUCCCCACCUGGUCACAGAGGAAAAUUACACACAGUACACAGUGAUUCCAAACUUUCUGAUCAGAAGAAGCAUGAAAUCUAUGUAAAUAUUGAUCAAAUACGAAAACAUGAAGCUAGUCAACAGGGGGCACCAGCAGGUACAGGAGGAACCAGAAAACCGGUAAUACGGCAAAAUUCUAGACGACAUACCCUCUCAAGUGGAAUAGACUAUAAUGUGAUUCGGAGGAUGAAGCAGCUAGAACAAGAGAAGGACGUGUUGUUACAGGGUCUCGAGGUCGUAGAACGAGCCAGAGACUGGUAUCAUAAACAGAUCUCAGUCGUCACCGACAAACAAAACUAUGCUGAAAAAACAUCCUGCAGUGAUGUAACAUUACAGUCACAACAAGAGAGGAUGGACUUUGUACGCAGCAGAAUUACAGAUGUUAAUAUGAACCUGAAAACACUCAUGCAGACUUCAGAAUCCGGAUUUCCAGCUCAUAUGAAUCUUGCCAUUAGAAGUAGUGCAUUUCCUGAUGAUAAGGCAACGAAAUGGCUCAAAGAGCAAAAUAAACAGCUGACUCAGGAAGUGGGGUCAAAGAGUGACAGAAUUACACAGCUAGAGAAAGAGAAGGCUAGUCUUAUCCGAGAUCUGUUUGAAGCCAGGUCAAAACAUAAAACAAACUAUGAUGAUACAACCUUCAUGUGAUAUUACACGUUUCACACAUUAUAUGUGUCUUCUUUUGUGUUAAGUGUGUGAAAUGUAUGUUACGAACAGACAGAAGAUGCUCUUUGUAUUUGAAUGUUUAAGUGUUUGUAAACCACGGCAUUGAAAACUUGAUCAGAUCCAUUAACCCAAUGGUGCCUUUCCUCAAGAAAAUUGGAAACGGACAUGUAGACAGUGCUAUAGAUAUUCACCAAAAUGAAGAAUAUAAAAGUGUCUACUGGAGUGCAGACCUUAAGUUGGACACAGUUAAUAAAGCAAUAUUCCCAAAAAAGCCUAGCUUGACACCUUGUGUUUGGGGUUAAGCUAUAAUUGUGAUUUUUGGAGGAAGUUUUGAUAUAAUCAAUUCUUUUUAUUGCAUUUAUUUUUGUAUUGUACUAUAAUCUAUGCAAGCUAAAACUAUAUAUUUCUAAGGCUUUAAUUAGGCUUUUGAAUAAUGUUUUGAUACAUGUAUUUUAUAACUGAAUAGCUAUCCUUGAAUUACAUUAAUUUUUUUUCAAGGAAAAUAAUUCAUGGAUAUUAUCACUAAGUUCUCAAAAAAAACAUCAAGAUAAAAAAGUAUUUUUGUGAUAACAAUUGCCGUUUUUGGUGUGGUUUGAGUUUUUAUCAAGGUUGUGGUAGGUGUUUUUUUCCGUCCAGUUUAGUUAUAGGCCAUUUGUUCUCCAUUGCUGAUUCAUGUGUGGCAGUCGGAGAAAUAUACAUGUAAUUACACAAUGCUUUUUAAAGCCUGGUAGAUGAAUGCCCAUUUAUCACUUAAGGUCUUUUAGAAAUUGUGUGCGGCAAAAAAGAAACAAAAAUAUAAAAAAUAUAUCUAAAUCUGAAGAUGUACAAUAAUUCUGCAGUAUCUGAGAGAAACAAAUCAAGCAUUAAGAAAUUUAUGAUAAUCGCAUUUUCACAUAAUAUGCAUGCUUAAAGGUAAAGGUGUUUCAUAAUAAGAUAUGUACAUACAAUUAAGUACUUAAACAGAAUGGGGUUCAUCUAUGGCUGAGUUAGUAAGACUUUUUAUCUUUUGCACCCCAACUGCUGUGGGUUCAAAUCCUGUAAUGGACUUGUAUUUUUUCAUGUGUGAAAAGUUAUCAAGGUAGCUGUACUAGCUUACUGGUCAGUGGUUCUAUUCAAAUGCCUGCUUUAUACAAAAAUGUUAUUAUACAAAGAAGCACCUGAGAUCUAACAGGACUUCUGGGAGGUAACCAGAGGGUCAUUGUGACUUAAAAGCCAACCCAAAAUAUACCAACAGGAAAAAUUAAUGUACUGCAAGCUUGUGAUAUUUAUUUAUAUUCAUGCAUUCCAUAAAUGAAAUUUUCUAUGAACUUAUAAUUUUAUGUCUCUACUAAGGGUUGGGGGUUAGUGUAUGGGAUUGCCCUUGUCCAUACAUCACGCCAACUGACAAAACAGUGAAUUGUGGGGCCAUCCAUGUUGAUAUGGAUACAUUUCUACUUUUUGUCAUUAUAUUUAUUGUAAAUUUUUACUUUGCAGUUUUACAUUAUGAUAUAUUGUUUAUGCCAAAGAAACUAUGUUGCUUUUUUUCUUGAGUUUUGGGUUUUUUUUUUUUUUUU